CGCCCGCCAUCAUGAACGACACAGUAACUAUCCGGACCAGGAAGUUCAUGACUAACCGACUACUUCCAACGAAACAAAUGGUCAUUGAUGUCCUUCACCCUGGGAAGGCAACAGUACCAAAGACAGAAAUUAGAGAAAAACUAGCCAAAAUGUACAAGACCACACCUGAUGUCAUCUUCGUAUUUGGAUUCAGAACUCACUUUGGUGGUGGGAAGACAACGGGCUUUGGCAUGAUUUAUGAUUCUUUGGAUUAUGUAAAGAAAAAUGAACCCAAACAUAGACUUGCAAGGCAUGGCCUGUAUGAGAAGAAAAAGACAUCAAGAAAGCAGCGAAAGGAACGCAAGAACAGAAUGAAGAAAGUCAGGGGGACUGCAAAGACUAAAGUUGGUGCUGGCAAAAAGGCGAAGGACUAA